GGUGGUCGCGGUGUUGUUCCGCCGAGUGUCCGUCGGUUGGCGCCGCUGUUGCGUGUGUGAUGGCAUGUGUGGUGUUAUGAUACUGAUGUAGAGGUCUGAAUCUCAAUUACAUUCAAUUCACCUCUAGCCUGGAGUUGGUCAAGAACUCGCUGACAUAGGCUCGUGAAAAUACGUGCGCGAUGUGCGCCGGAAUCGACGCUGGCCUGGUUCGAAGUGAUUGCGUGGAUAACUCUUGAGGAUUUCAUCGCAUACGUCGUUCAGCGGGAUGGACGGUCUGCGUGCGGUGGACGUCAUGCCGCUGCUGCGGGACCGCGUGGCGCUGCUGACGGGCGCGCGUGACCCGCGCGGCGGCCCCAUCCUCACGUUCCCCGCCAGCGCGCGCCGCGACCGCACCGGCCACGAGGACCUCUGCCAGCUGAUGCGCUACAUGUACCAGAUACCCAGCGAUGAGUCACGCGACCUGGGCUUCACCGUGGUGAUCGACAUGCGCCACUCUACCUGGGAGAAGAUCAAGCCCAUCCUGAAGGUCCUGCGCGACAACUUCCCCGGCAACGUGUACACCGCCUUCAUCCUGAAGCCGGACAAGUUCUGGCAGAAGCAGCGCACUAGCAUCGGCAGCUCAAAGUGCAAGUUCGAGACGAACCUGGUUGGACUGGAUGGCCUGCACAAGGUGAUCGACCCGGGCCAGCUGACGGCCGACCUGGGCGGGUCGUAUCCGUACGACCACUCGACCUGGGUCGAGCUAAGGACGGCCGUCGAGGACUUCCUGUGGCAGACGACCGAGGUGCUGGACCGAAUGGACGACCUGCGCGAGGAGCUGAGCCACGAGUCGGGCCCGGCGGCGGCGCCGGGCGACGUGGCCGCCGCCCGGCGCGCCAUCGAUCGCCACGCCGAGCUGCGCAACAAGGUCUUCAAGAACGCCUCUCACGACAUGGACAAGCUCGGACAGCGCCUGCUGCAGCGACUGGGCGGCGACGGCGACAGCGGCUGCGACUCGGGCUACGCCGGCGCCAGCCGAGACAGCGCCUCCAGCAUGAUCCUGUCCAACCCGGACCUGCAGUCGUGCAUACCGCAGAUUUUGCAUACCUUGGAAACUAUGCAGAUUACACAACGUCACCUACAACAGCUGUGGCAGUACAAGAAGAAUGAGCUGGAUCAAGGCCUGCAGCUGAAAAUAUUUGAGAAAGAGGUGGAGGAGAUCCUGCAGACGGUGCGCCAGAAGAGGGAGCAAUUUCUGCACAGCUACGUGGACGUGGGCCGCUCCUACCGUGAGAGCAAGCAGCUGCAGGAGCACCACUCGCACUCGGCGCUCUCGUCCAUGAACGUCUACGUCAACCUGAACCGGAUUCUGACGGAGGCGACCAAGCUGAUCGAUUCGGGCCACUACGCGUCGCAGCACAUCCAGCAGGUGGCGUCUCGCAUGGAGCGUAGCUGGAAGGACCUGGCGGCCGGGCUAGACGAGCGCACCACUGUGCUGACCCUCGCCGUAGUCUUUCACCAGAAGGCCGAACAGUACGUGGAGAAGGUGCCCGGCUGGCUGCAGAACUGCCAGGACCUGGACAUACCGGCGGCUGUCGACCAGGUGGAAGCCGCCAUCCACCGUCAUCUAGCACUCUACGAGACCCUCUGCCAGGGCUACACAGAGGUGCACAGCACGAGCAAGAAACUGCUGUACCAGCUGGACCACAUGGUGCAGCUGUGCUCGCACCUGCGCACCAACAGCGGCGGCGGCGUGCCAGCCGGUACCCCGGCCGCUGACUACUCGGGCGGCGCCUCCCACGUGCUCCGCGUGAUCCGGGAGAUCCUGAACCACCACCGGGCCGUGGAGCAGCAGUGGCAGCUGCGCAAGACCCGGCUACACCAGCAGCUGGCGCUCAAGCUGUUCCAGGAGGACGUCAAACAGGUAUUGGACUGGCUAGACACGCACGGUGACAUGUUCCUGCGCAAAAACACCAGCCUGGGCCGGAACCUGGAGCGGGCGGCCGCCUACCGCCGCAGCCACGACCAUUUCGUCAACGUAGCGCAAAACACAUACACCAAUGCCGAGAAGCUGCUGACGGCAGCUGAUGAGCUGGCUAGGACGGGUGAGUGUAACGCCGAGGAGGUGUACCGCGUUGCGGCCGAGCUGGAUGAGCGGAUUGCCGCCUUUGUGGAGCGCGUAGAGAAGCGGCGCCGUCUGCUGGAGCUGACUGUUACAUUCUACACGCAUUUCCAGGAGCUGACCGCCUGGUACGAGGAGGUACACACCACGGUCUCGAGCGGUGAGGUGGGCGAGAACGUGCAGGGCUGCCAGCAUCUGCUGGAGGAGCUGGCGCAGCGGCGCGAGUCCUUCACCAAGGCCACCAACAGCACCAUCGCCGAGGGCGAGGCGCUGAUCGCCGACCUCAGGGCGCAGGGCAUCUCGAGCGAGACGGACCCGACCGGCUCCUACUCCGGCAUUGAGUCGGUGCUGGCCGACCUCACGCAGCGGCGCGACGACAUGGCCGAGCUCUGGGCUGCGCGCAAGCUGCGGCUUGAUCUCUCCAUGCGGCUGCGCAUGUUCGAGAGCAACGUGAUGGAGGUGUCGGUACAGAUGGAGCAGUGGGCAGAGGAGUACCGACGUCUGGACCUGCCGCGGGAUAUGGCCACCGCCGAGCUGAUGCUGAACAAGCACAACGAUCUGGUGCAGCAGGUGCUGGACACCAUGUUUGAGCUGGUGCAGGAGGGCCAGCAGACCAGCCAGCUGCUGGAGCAGUCCAGUAUCCAGUUCAUGACGGACACGUCGACCACGGCGUCAGAGCGCUGCGCGAUGCUGCUGGAGUACGUCAGCGACCGGCAGUCGGAGCUGGACCUGCUGGCCGAGCGGCGCCGGCUGCGGCUAGAGCAACGCGUCCAGUUGGGCCAGCUGGAGGCCGAGGCCAGCCAGGUGAUGACCUGGAUCAGGAAUGGCGAGUCGAUGCUGGCUGCCAGUUUCAGCGUACCCGCCUCGCUGGCCGAGGCCGAACAGUUCAAGCUGGAUCACGAGCAGCUGCAGCGAGCCGUCGAGCGGACCCACACGUCGGCGGUGCAAGCGUGGCAGCGGGCGGAGAGCCUGAUCAACACUAAUCACUACCAGCCGGACGCCAUCCGCACCAUCGCCGAAAACAUCACCAAACGCUGGCAGCAGCUGGUCACCUGCGCCGAGGACCGUCACAAGCUGGUCACCAGCAGCCUCAGCUUCUUCAAGACGGCCGAGGAGGUGUGCACGGUGCUGGAGGAGCUGGAGCGCGAGUACCGGCGCGACGAGGACUGGUGCACCAUGGACAAGUCAGCCAGCAUGGCCGACAAGGCCGUCCGCAUUGCCAGCCUCAUCCAGAAACACCAGGACCAGAAGGUGGUUUUCCUGAAGGCGUGUACGCACGCGCGUCGCACCGGCGGCUCGGUGCUCAAGUACGCCACGCGCAGCAUACAGUACUACAGUCAGAAGCUGAAGCCGGGCGUGCGGGGCUCGGAGGAGAAGGUCAAAGAAAUGCUGGAGAACCUGCUGUGUCUGGAGAACCGCGUCAUGGACUUCUGGAACGUGCGGAAGCGGCGGCUGGACUGGUGUCAGCAGUACGUGCUGGUGGAGAGGUCGGCGCGCCAGGCACUCGACUGGAUCAAGGACACGGGUGAUCACUAUCUGUCCACGCACACCGCUGUGGGAGACAGCAUAGAGGAGACUGAAAAACUGCUGCUCGAACACACUGAGUUCAAGUCGACUGCAAAGGAAACGAGGGAUCGUGUCAAGCUGCUCAUCCAGCUGGCGGACAACAUCAUGGAGAAGGGCCACGCGCACGCCGCCCAAAUCAAACAGUGGGUGGCCACCCUGGACAUGGCCUACAAGGACUUCUCGCACCGCAUGGACAUGUACAGGCGGCAGCUGGAGGUGCAGCUGGGCCUGCAGGCAGCGGGCGGCCGACGGCCCAAGCCCGAGCCGGGCCCCGAGCCGGAGGAGGCCGAGACCGUCUCUCGCGACCGCCUCUCCGACCCCAGCCUCGAGGCCAAGGUCAACGACCUGCAGCUCAAGGAGCCCGAGUGCAAGCUGGACGAGGAGAAGCGUCGCUCGGCGCGGCGCCGCGACUUCAUCAUGAGCGAGCUGCUGGCGACGGAGCGGGCCUAUGUCAAGGACCUGGAGAUCUGCGUGGACACCUUCCUGGGGGAGGCGCGCACCAACAGGAAGGUGCCAAUCGGCAUCCGCGACAAGACGGACGUGAUAUUCAGCAACAUGGAGGAGGUGCUGGAGUUCCACCGCAACACGUUCCUGCAGCAGCUGGAGAAGUACACAAGCAAUCCGGAGGAUGUUGGCCACUGCUUUGUCACCUGGUCGCAAAAAUUCGACAUGUACGUGCAGUACUGUCGUGACAAGCCGAACAGCAACGCGCUGCUGGUGCAGCACGCCGGCACGUUCUUCGAGGAGGUGCAGCGGCUGCACGGCGUCGAGCACCCCAUCGCCGCCUACCUGAUCAAGCCCGUGCAGCGCAUCACCAAGUAUCAGCUGCUGCUCAAGGACCUGCUGUCCUGCUGCGACGGACACGGAGAGAUAAAGGACGGACUGGAGGUGAUGAUGAACGUCCCCAAGAAGGCCAACGACGCCAUGCACCUGUCCAUGCUUGAGUAUUGCGACGUCGACGUGGACACGCUGGGCGAGGUCAUAUUGCAGGACUGCUUCCUGGUGUUGGAUAGCAAGGGCCUGAUCCGGAAGGGUCGAGACCGGCACCUCUUCCUCUUCGACUUUUAUCUGUUGUUCAGUAAGGAGGUCAAGGACACCAACGGCAAGUCGAAAUACAUCUACAAGCACAAGCUGAUGACGUCCGACAUCGGCGUGACCGAGCACGUAGAGGGCGACGAGUGCAAGUUCGCCGUCUGGACCGGCCGACCGCCGCUCAACGACGUUAAGAUACUGCUCAAGGCCAGCAGUCUGGAGGUGAAGCAGCAGUGGGUGAAGCGACUGCGCGAGCUCAUCCAGGAGACCUGCUUUCGCUCGUCGCUGCCGCUGCAGAUCCCGCCGUCGCCCUCGAGGAAAGUGCAGAAGACGAGCAGGCACCUGGACGAGCUGCAGCUUGAGGCCGACAACGAGCUGGGCUCGCUGCAGUCGUUCGGCUCGGCCAGCCUGGCCUCCGACUCGGACAAGGAGGUGACGUGGGUGGUAGCCGACUACACGGCCCAGGCGGCCGGCGAGCUGUCGGUGAGCCGCGGCCAGCAGGUGGAGGUGCUGGAGUGCGGCGGGCCUGGCUCGCCGCCCCCGCCGGCCGAGCUCUGUCAGGUGCGCCUGCUCCAGACCGAGAUGAGCGGCCUGGUGCCGGCCGCCGUGCUGCAGGCGCGGCCGCGCUCUCAGGAGCUGCUGCCCGUCACAGAUCCGUCCCAGGACAGCCAGGCGUCGUCCCCGGUCAACAAGCGGAAGGGCCUGUCCGGACGUAAAUGGCUGCCGACGCCGCUGCGCAAACUGUCGCACAACAAGCUGACGGCGGCCAGCGGCGCGCUCAGCUCAGGCGAGCUGCCGGGCGCGGCCGGCCGCGCGCCGCCCAAGCCACCGCUUAAGAAGACCAACUCGGAGCGGAAAGUUCAGGCGUGUCUGGACGGCCCAAUGGGCAACCGCGUGUCGGGCGGCAACAGCGGCGGCGGCGUCGACGAGCCGGGCGCCGGCGCCGCGGCCACCGGCGACGAGCAGGACGAGCCCGAGCUGCCGCCGCCCAUGCGCGUGCUGGAGGACCCGGCCGCCUCGGCGGCCGUUGGGCCGGGCACUUCCGCCGCCGCCACCGCCGACAGUAACGCACACGGGUGGCCGCGACUUCAGCUGACUGGGAUGGCGCGGCUGAUGGUGAUCCGGGACUGUGGCGGUGACCGGAGGCCGCACCUGUGA